CCAUUUUGCUCCAGCGUUUUUUCGUGAUUUUACAGAUUGGUGUUAUUUCGCUAUUCAUACCACCUAGAUCGACUCAGAAGAAUCCGAAGGCAAUCGUCAUGCGUCCCUUUCUCUUGCAAACACGAAGUGUGAGCGAUGGGCUUAAUUUGAUGGUGAAGGCCACUAGGCCUGAUGAGACUUCUAUGUAAUGCUUCGAGUGCCAGACUUGAGGUUCAGGCUCCAAGAUUUCCUUAAACUUGAAGAUUCCCAAGUUCGUUCCGAAGAUUAGCGAAAACAAAACGGACAAGAACAAUUUACUACUUUUCAAGUAACAGGAGACUGCUCGAUGUCACAAGACUUGAACAAACUUAAGGACUUAACAUUUAUUUUGAGAAGGUUAGCCUGGCAACCAGGGGAUUUUCAUCUCUAUAGGUACUGGUACCACAGGCAAUUUAUUUGCAACUGCAUUUCUAGUAUUCUUUCUCAGGGUUUAGUCAAAGAUGAGUCUCUUUCAGUAAUUAUUGGCCGUUCUCAGAGUAAUGGCCAGGGCUCAAACCGCCACGAUUUCAUUCAAAAGGAACUGCGCCUCUGUUGCUGUCCGUUUAGUUCAAUAGUGACGAACCAAGCAGCUCUAGCUAUGGCGUAUUAGAUACUUUUUUCCCAACAUGGUUUCAUUGGAAGAAAUUUGAUGCCUUCCAGGUAACCAUCUACCGUCCCACAAUGACUACAUUUGCAGCAGCGCUCGGUGCUGCUAUUUUUUUUCAAGCAGCAACGGCAGUAACUGGUGGAUAUGAAAGCGCUUUGGGAGAUCCAGGGAUGAGAAGCCCAAACUCCAGAGUGUUGCUCGAAGGCUGGAACUUCUGCAAUGGUGCUGAGAACAUUGGUUCAGGACAGCCCAGUCCUCGAUGGGCUGAUUGCACUGAUAAAGUCUGCAAGCCCGAUAGUGUCUGUUCUCCUUACAGUUUCGUGUCAAACAAUGACAACCAGCUACGGACAGGAGAUAUAUUUCCAAACCGGGCAUUCAAGAGCUACCAGAAUCCAGACCUGUACGCUGUUGAGAAGGAGAAGUUCCUGGCUUCGCUCUGCCAAGUCUCCGAUUUCAGCAACCAUCAUCCCUGGUACUUCUGGAACUCGAUGCUCAAAAAUGGCAACUUCGACAUGAGCUCGGGGCUAUGUCCGGCGACUUCGAAAGCAAGUUCUCUUCAAGUUCACACUCAGCUGACGAGACCUUUCAAAAAGAUUGUCAACGCAUUCCCUUGCUUCGGUGAUGGCUGCAUGAACCAACCGGUUGUUGUCCACGAACAGUCCACCAUCCAGCGGAAUUGCAGUUCCCAUGGCUGUGUGGAUGAUCUCAAAGGCAGAUUUUACGGCACCUACGACUUGAACAGGAGCCCCGAGAAUGUGACAGCGGGCAUGUCGUUCUUCUCGGUGGCGUGGGAGAAGAACAUAUCGUCUGGAAGCUGGAUCUUCAAGCACAGGCUCCAAGUAUCCAAGAACUAUCCGUGGCUGAUGCUUUAUCUCCGAGCCGACGCAACUUCUGGACUUUCUGGAGGCUAUCCAUGGGACACGCGAGGCAUAAUGACACGGGUUCCCGAAUCACCAAACUUCAAAGUAGUUGUCACUCUCAACGUCACCAAAGGCGGCGGCCCCCAGAGCCUGUUCUAUCUUCUAGACAUCGGUGGCUGCUGGAAGAACAAUGGCCAGCCAUGCGACGGUGACGUGAAAACCGACGUGACACGCUACAGCGAGAUGAUCAUCAAUCCAGAGACGACGAACUGGUGCACUCCAUCGAGGCUAGAUCUCUGUCCGCCAUACCACGUAACUUCGACCGGCACCAUAGUCUACCGCAAUGACACCGUCAACUUCCCAUACUCGGCUUAUCAUCUCUACUGCUCGCCGACAAACGCAGAGUUUCCAGAGCAUCCGUUCUCCGUGUGCGAUCCUUACAGCAAUCCGCAGCCACAGGAGCUUGUCCAGAUUUUGCCUCAUCCUGAGUGGGCGGUGAAUGGCUACCCGAGCCGGAAAGGAGAGGGAUGGAUUGGUGACGCAAGGACUUGGACUUUAGACGCAGGAGCUCUCUCGAGUAGGCUCUAUUUCUACCAGGACCCAGGAUCGUUCCCAGCAAGAAGAGUCUGGCCUUCGAUAGACAUCGGGACAGAAAUAUAUAUUAGUUCGAGUGAAGAACUUGCUGAAUGGACGGUGACUGAUUUUGAUGUUUUAGUUCCAGUGAGAUUAUGAGCACAUUGUUUUUUCCUAAGCUAAGAGUAGCAUUAUAAUUGCUUAUUUAUUUACACAAUUGCUAUUU